AUGGACAGGAAAAUCAAUUUCAGACACAAAGUCGACCUGCUGGAGCACGUGCUCCUUGAUGAAAAUGCAGAGCCAACAUAUGUAUCGUUAUCACUUUUAGAAGAUAUCACAAACUGUUUCUCCGAUCAUCAGGAAACUGGGGGUGGUGGGUUUGCAGUGGUUUAUAAGGGAAGAGUGGGGAAAGGGCUGGUCGCUGUGAAGAAGUUGUCCAGAACGUUUGAUUUGCCUGAGCGUAAAUUCCAAGAAGAGGUUAAGUGUCUCAUGAAGGUCAAGCACAAAAAUAUUGUGCGUUUCCUGGGAUAUUGUUCUGAAACGUGUGGGAGGCCUGCGGACAAUGAGGGGAAGUUUGUCAUGGCAGAUGUACGGAACUGGUUACUAUGUUUUGAGUAUGUACCGAACGGAAGUCUUGAUAAGUAUAUUACAGAUGCAUCUUGCGGACUUGAAUGGAGGCGACGCUAUAUGAUUAUCAAGGGAAUAUGUGAGGGCUUGCUUCAUCUUCAUGAGAAACGCAUUCUCCACUCAAAUCUGAAGCCUGGUAAUAUAUUGGUAGAUGAUCACAUGGUACCCAAAAUUGCUGAUUUUGGCCUCUCGAGGUGCCUUGAUAAUGAGCAAACUAGGGCUUAUACUUCUCACAUAUUCGGAUCGAUGGGAUAUUUUGCACCAGAAUCAUUCAUAGGGGAAUUCACGUUUGCGUCAGACAUAUAUAGCCUCGGUGUUAUCAUCGUGGAGAUACUGACGGGAGAGAAGGGGUAUGCAGAAGAUGAUGAUGUAGUUAAUGCUUGGAUGAAUCGGUUGGAGGGAUCAGAUCAAUGGGAGACACAGUUGCAAGAAGUAAGGGUAUGCAUUCAAAUAGGGAUAGAGUGCAUGGAUCCAAACCCAAAGAAGAGACCAGUUGCACACCAUAUAAUCAACAGACUUGAUAAAAUUGCAAAACUUAAAUCCGAUUACCUUGGAAAGGACAUGAAGGAACAUGCUGAAACAGGACUUGUGCAAUACGUUGCAACACCUAGAGAAGAAGCUCCGGUAACCAACGGUCACUAUGGGGAUCGCAGGAUUCAAAGCAAAAUGUCAUCCCACAAGGUGCAAGCAUUUCUAGCUCAAACUCUGGUUUGCUCUACAAGUUGA